AUGGAGCGACACCGGAGCAAACGAGCUGGUCUGUUGUUGCUCUGGGUCGGCAUUCUGUUGAGCUGGGCUGCAGGCAUGGCCGUAACAGCAGAACCCUCGCCGCAGACCCUUCCCUCCACGCCGCAAACCAUUCCCUCUACGCCGCACUCCGCCCCCUGCAUUCCGCUCCCCGCAUCCUCCCGGCGCCUCCUCUCCGGCACUGGGCGAGUGCAAAUGGUCCUCGUCACAUACCCCCCCCGUUACACAAACACCUCCUCCGGUUGGUCGAUCUCGUGGUACGCGAUCGACGGCGCCGGAAACGACUGCCCCUCGUGCGCCGCAUUCUGCACGCUGAACGGGGUCGACCAGCAUUGUGACGUGUUAAAAGAGGCGCCGACGCAAGGGCCGAACGGGACUUACGUCAGCAGCAAGGCGCUGUCGCCCGCGUUAGAAGAGGGGCCGUACGUGCUUGAUCUGUGGGGGCAGGAGCCGAACUGCGGGAACGCGUGCGUGAACGGAACGGUGGCCGAGGUCACGUGGCUCCUCCACACGGACGCCCCCAGUGUCACCUUCUCCGGCGGCCCCGCUAACCACUCCAUAACCAGCCUCCAAACCGCGGUGAUCUCCUUCAACAGCAGCGACCCCCUCCCGACUACUUUAGCCUGCGCGUUGGAUUCCGCGCCUUUCGCUGACUGCACGGCAACGAAAACGAACUACACGGUUACCGGGUUAACCCCCGGGUUACACUCGUUUCACGCCCGAGCCACAGACGCGGCCUGGAACGUCGGCCCGAUCGUAUCCCUCUUCUGGACCGUCGAUCUGAGCGCCCCAACGGUCACGAUUCUCCAACAGCCGGCGACGCUGUCGAAUUCUCCAAUCGCGAGCUUCCGCUUCCAAGGCGCGAUCGGGGGCAUCGUCGCGCGCUGCGCGGCGUGCGCGUUCGCGUGCGCGCUCGACGGCGGCGCCGCGCAGCCGUGCGCGCAGUCGCCGGGCGCGGCCAUCUUCCCCGCGCUCGCGCAAGGCGCGCACAACCUGUCGAUCACCGUGACGGACCCCGACGGCAACUUGAAGACCGUUACCACCGCGUCGUGGCUCGUCCAGCUGACGGGCCCCACCGUUACCAUCACCGGAUCGCCCGCGGCGAGGACGACGUCCGACGCCGCGAGUUUCACGUUCACGGCGACGGACGAUUAUGACGUCAGCUGCGCACGUUGCACGUUCAUGUGUCAGCUGGACUCGUUGCCGGUGCAAGCAUGCACGCCGGCGCAAGGGGCGAAGUAUCCGGGGCUUGGAUCGCCGGGGAAGACGACGAGCCACGCAUUUACAAUCGUGCCGACGAACCAAGCGGGAAACGUCGGCGCUGCUGUCACCUUCAACUGGACCGUCGACCUCGUUCCGCCCACGCUAACCAUCCUAACCCAGCCCGCUAACCUGGUCAACACCACGCGCGCGUUCGUCGCGUUCGUCGCAAACGACAGCACGCCCACCUGCAUUAAUUGCGGGUACACGUGUCAGCUGGACGGCGGCCCGCUGGACGACUGCUUCACGGGCGGUUCCGUCGGCCAAGUGACGUAUCUCGGAGUCUCAGACGGAGCCCAUAAGUUGGUGAUAACCGUGACUAACCCGGUCGGGUUAACGGCAUUCAGCAGAGUGACCUGGACGGUCGAUACGAUCGAUCCUGUGGCCACGAUCGAUCUGGGCGCUUCGCCGACGAACCGAAACCCGAUGCCCUUGCGCAUCACGUUUUCGAAACCCUGCGUCAACUUCGGCUUCCCGAACUGCGCUGGCGUCAGCAACGCGUCAGCGAACUCCACGUGCGGCGCGGGCCUCAACAUCAGCUCGAGUCUCCUGGCGAAGAUCGGUGUGACUAAGGCGACGAUUGUGGCGAAGAGCGCGCAACUUCUGAGCGCGAGUUCGCUCGCGCUCAACCUCGCACCCUCGGCGAGCGGGAUGUAUGACGUCAGCCUGACGGUUGCGGCCGGCGCCUGCGCCGACGCGGCCGGCAACCUGAGCCCCGCGGCCGCGGGAAAUGUGACAUUCAAUGACGUCAGGGGGAUCCCCGUCCUGGCGACGGACAUCCCGGGGACCAUUAGCGUCUUUGGCAACACGACGUACGUGGUUCGGAGAACCAACGCGGGGUUGCUAAACUUUACGGUGGAUUUCGGCAACCCGGUCACGGGGUUUGCGGCGAAGUCAAUCGUUGUGGUUGGAGGAUCAGCGGGGGAGCUCAAAGCUUUAGAAGACUCCUCGGGGACAACGUCCUCAGGGGCGGCCUAUAGCUUCUCCGUGAAAGUCGCGGUCGACGGCUGGGUCCGCGUGGGGAUUGCGGACAGCGCUGCAACGGACACCAACGGAAACCCCUCCUUGGCGUCCGAAACCUUGUCCAUUCAGGUCGACCGGCAGCCCCCUGAGUUCACGCUGACGUCACUCUCCGGCUACAAAACCAAAGAUUCUUUGAUCGGGAUCCUCAUUACGCUUAGCGAAGUCUUGGACGAUCCCGUCCUGGUUAAGCAUCUGAACGUCAGCAACGCCAACGUGACGUCAUUUGCCGGGGACGGCGGAACGUACGGGCUGCGGGUGGAGGCUUUUCCUGAGCAAUCGGUUGGUGUGAAUGUGCCCCCCGGGGUGGUUAGGGACCGGGCGGGAAACCUUAACCUCGGUUCCACCCUGCUAACCGUGCAGCACUACGUGGUUCCGGCGGCAGUAACUGCCGCUGCUACCACGGCGGCCACCGCUGUCGUCGGCACCAGCGCCAUUUCGACCGGGGCUUCCGUCGCCGGAGGCAUGGGUACCGCCGGACUCGCAGUGAGCGGAAACCUCCUGGGCCUAUUCACAGUGAUCCAGCGCUUCGCGAUGGUGAAUCACCUGGCGAUCAAGCAGAGCGUCACGCUCACGGAGAUGACCGGCAGAUUCCAGUGGGCGGCAACCCGGCAGUCGGCGGCGCAGCAGCUCGUCAGCUCUGUCAUUGGAAAGGUGGAUCAAGGGUGGUCAACUUUCGACCGCGUUAUCGGCUGGUCCCUCCUCUUAGUCUUCGGCUCGACGGCGCUGCACAUGAUCGUCGUCCGGCUCUGGCGCAUGUGGACGGAGCAGACCAUUCCGGACAUUCUCAUGUUCCCGCGCUGUGAAAUCAUGGUCAUCAUGCUGACGGUCGAAGGGCUCGCGCAAGCGUGCGGGCUUAUCAUUGCGGGAGGUACUGCGCGGGGGCGCCUGGUGGGCACCAUCAUAUUCAUCUGCGUACCGGGAUCCAUCAUCGCCUUCUUCUUCUACAUCGUCGUCUACAAGAUCUACAAGUCACAAGCCGCUACCUUCGUCGCCGUUUCCGACCCCGCCGCCGAGCCGAACCCCCAAACCCUCGCGGGCAAGAAGGGCGCGCGGCGCUUGAGCGCGAGCGCGGUCGCGGGCAUGGGGCCCGCGGCCGCGAAGCGCGGCGCGCUCCUGGGCCGCGUCGCGGCCGCGACGCCUUUUGGAAACGCCGCAAAACCCGUGGAGGGAAAGUGGGAGGACAGCAAGGACAAGCAUUUCGUGGCGCGAUACGGGGUGUUCUUCCAAAACUUUCGGGGGUUUAACCCGCCGCCAGAGGCGGACGAAAAGAAGCCCCACAACGGGCGCGGCAAGCACGCGAAGAAGCGCGCGCGCACGUGGGGCGAGUACUUCUUUCUCCACGGCUUGGGAGCGGACAAGUUCCGGUCGUGCUACUUUUCCGUGUACCUCGUCAAGAAGAUGUUGUACGGACUACUGUUCGGAUUGUACGGAGGAAAAGAAAGCUGGACCCAGGUGGUUAUCCUGUUCGUUUAUUCUCUCUUCCAGCUCUCAUACCUCAUGUUCUUCAAGCCGUACCUCGACCGGAGCAUCCAGGCCAUUGAGGAGAUCGUGCUCAUCUGCGAGACCGUCAGCUUUUUGCUCGCCAUCCUAGUUCUCUGGCGCACCGCGAGCGGCUGGGCGCAGGCGCGCCUCAGCGACAGCGCCAUCCAGUCGCUGCUCCUCUCCGCGCAGCUGCUGUCCGUUCUGGUGCAGCUCGUGCACCAGUGGUACAAUAUCGCAAAAGCGAUCUACACACAGCGUGCGAUCUUGAUGAAGAAAUUGCGCGGACUGUUUGGAAGAAAGGCGGACGCCGCAGACUCGGAGGAGCGGCGGACAUCGAGGAGCCUCCACCGGAAAGGGAGCCGGAAGAGCGGAAGUCGGAAGGGGAGCACGCGCGCGGAAGAGGUUUCGGACGAGCUAGAGGAGCGGACUCCGUCCGACACUGAAGCGGAGGAUUCCGCCGGAAGAGACCUGCUGCCGGAGGCCGAAAUGGACGGAGGGGAAUACGGCGAAAGUGAGCUGCCGCAAGCGAGGAACAGCGUCGAAUCGCACAGGUCGGCGCGGCAGGCUCCGGCGCUUCGACGCCGGAGCAGCGGAACCUACGACGCGGAAACGGAAGGGCUGCGGCCGGCCGGGCGGUCGGUGAGCUGGACGGAUGCGCGUGCGCGCGCCGCGGGCGCGCCGCGGCGCAAGACGCGCGUGUCGUCGCUCGGAGAACAACAGGGGUAUUCCGGUGGAGCUCCGCCGGAAAGGGACUUCGAAGGUGAUGAAAGGAGCUAUGAAGAGGAACAGAUGAUCAUCCAGAAUCGGGAGGCGCACUCGAAGUCGGACCAGAGGUAUGACAGGUCGCCGGAAUCACUCCGGGGCUCAAAGCUUUCAAACCAAGCAUCUUUAACAAGGAGCGAUCCUGGAGCAUUGCACCGCGGCAACGCAAGACGGUACCAGACCAGCUACGAAGGCCGUGCGGGGAUGCACUCUCGCAGCCCGUCGAACGGAGCUCCGUCUUUAAUAGAGAAAGCCCCCCAUUUGGUCUCGCUGGUCGAGGGGUCCCCCCGGGGAAGCCCGUUGGUUGGGGGAUCCCCCCGGGAAGAUCACGAACGGAUAGCUCACCGAGGCAGCCCAAGACGGUACCAGACGACCUACGAAGAGAGCGAUUCAUCCUCGCGGGGCAGUCAUAGAGUAGGAGCACCCCGGAUGGUGUCGCUUGUCGAGGGAUCCCUCCAACAUCAUGAGCGGAUUCCGGAGAGGAGUGAGCCCGGCGGAAGUCACAGGGGCAGCCCGAGACGGUACCAGUCCAACUUUGAGGGCCGUGCGGGGGUACGUCCUUCGAAAGGAUCUCCGGGCAGUACAAGAGAAAAAGCGCCCCGGUUGGUGUCGCUUCUCGAGGGAUCCCCCCGGGGGAGCCCGUUGGCCGGGGGAUCCCCCCGAGAGGGUCAAAGGCGGACGCGGAAGCUUAGCACACAGUCGGCCGACCUUAGUGCACACAGACCCCCGCGCCGCGAGCGGACCAUAAGCAACGUCAGCAACAUGUCAUCCCCGGGGGCGUUCGGCCGGGCGGAUCCGCCGGAACGGCCACACGCGCGCCGAAUGGCGGUCAGCGGAUCGCGGCUGAACACGGAGUCCGGCGAGUUUUUCGACGGCGAUGGGCGGAGGGCCGGCGGAAUCCGCGUCGCUCCGGUCGUGAAAGCGAGCCUCCAGAGCUUGAAGAAGAAGGCGGCGGAAGGGCGGACGUUUUCGCGCUCGCGCUCGCGCGCGGACGUCGAGGAGCCCGUGUACGAAUGGGGCACGGACGAGGAGGAUGCGGAGCUGGACCGUCCGGCUUUCAUGAAGCCGCAAUACUACGUCUAG